AUGGAUUCAAAUAAAUGCGGUAGAUAUAAAACCUUCCGAGAAGAAUUACCGACAAAAAAAUUUGAGUUCAUAAAUGAAAGAGAUAGUAUACACAGAAUUAAAUUAUUACACGAAAACGCUAACAAUCAAAAUAAAUCAAGCGCAGCUGAUGUUGACAUUGUGCAAAAAAUAGAAGAACCAGAAGAAGAUGUCGAACCGAUUGAAGUAAUAGAGAAGAUAGCAAAUACCGGAAUAUUUAGAGAUAAUGUGCGGCGUAUAGACAUGGUCUUGGUUGUCGAAGACAACCCAUUAUCAGCAGCAGAUAGUUUAAAGACAGAUUUUUUAACAAAUGUAAUUAAGACAGGAAUCGAAGUCGAAAUAGAGCCCGGUGUGAUGUCAGCCCAUAAAAACUUAUUAUUUAUAAAAAUUCACGCACCGGAUCAUGUAAUAACAGAAUACGGAGAAAUAUUUGGUACUACGAGAUAUUUCACUGAAAAUCAUCUGGAUUCAAUGUCUACGAAAUUUAUGGAGAAGGAUUGGAUUAAAAUAAUACGAAAUAAUUACUCAAAACCUAACGGGUACUCCAAUUUUGAAAGAAGUCUUAUAGUUUAUAAGAUUCUUUCACACUUACCUUUUGGUGACCAAGCCAACCAUUAUGGUAUCGGACGCUUGUUAAGAAAUAAUAUAAUAUUGGACGCUUAUGCACUUCAUGAUGGUCCGUACUUUUUUAUUCCCGAGCAAACUGUUGUUGGAUCAAAUGCUCGACAGAUACUGUAUUACAGUUGGGUAGGAUUUCAAAAUGUAUUUAAAUUCCAACCUUUGCACUUGAUUCACGAGUAUUUCGGUCCCACAAUUGCUUUUUACUUCGCGUUUUAUGGAUAUUUAAACAAGGCGCUGGCUAUAGCUUCGAUUGCCGGUAUUAUUACGACUGUGUGGCCACUUUGUAAUGGCGAAGAAAAUUUAAGAAAGUUAGUUUGUAAAGACAGCAGAGAAAUGUGCCAACAAUGCGAAAUUAAGGCCAGAUGUCCAUUAAGAAUAUCAUCUGAAUAUUGCUUAUCUAUGACCAUAAACAUUUUGUUAGAUCAUCCCUACACUGUCUUUUAUUCCUUGUUCACUGUUUUUUGGGCAUUUACUUUUAUUACAUUUUGGAAACGCAAAGAAUACUUUUUAAAAUGGAUGUGGGAACUCAAUGGAGUACAUUUAUAUUACAAAAGUACAAGCCGGCCAGAAUUCGAAAUAAAUUAUAGGCCGCUAAGAAAAUCCUUUAUAACUGGAUUGAUAUAUAAAGAAAAUGGAUUUCAAAUAAUUAUACGUUUCCUUUUUACUAAGGGACCCAUAUUAUUGUAUAUAUAUAGUUUUUUAGCUUAUAUCAUAGUGCACUUGUUAGAAAACCAUAGCACGUACAAAGCAUACGAGGAAUCAUUAAUUAUGAAAGAAUUUGGAUUUAGUAUGAUAUCAAUAUUUUCUUAUAUGGGAUAUAUUGCUUGGAUGGUGGCUGGAGUUAGAGCUUAUUUAACAAGAUGUUGGUUUUGGUUCGAAAACCAAGAUCCAAUGAUGAUUUUAAAUAGAGUGCUGUCACGUUGGCCUAAAUCCCCGUGGAUUAACAACAUGGCUUGUCAUAGAUAUUGCUGGCCGUUCACAUGUAUCAUCGAGUUAAGCAUAUUGCUAAUGGUUACGCUGGUUGUAAAAUUCGUGGUCGUCCGAGCUGUAAUUUAUAAUAAGAGUUUACGAAUAGGUUGCAACGGUAUCAGGAACACUACAGUUCCAUGUUGGGAACGUGAAUAUACUUUAAAUAAAGUAGAUGAAAGCUUUUUGUCGAAGAGAUACCAUUUUCUCGCGCUUCAGUUCUCGAUGGCAACAUUAUUUGGACUGGCCUUCCCGUUGGCUCCUUUAUUGAUGUUACUUCUAAACAUUUGUGACUUAAGAUACACUGCAAGUCAUUUGGUGCUGACCUGUAGACGUCCUUUACUUAUAAGAAAACCUGGGAUAGGAGUAUGGAAUAAAAUACUUACAUUCAUAGCGGUCACAGCAAUCAUAACCAAUGCUUUAACGUUAAUAUUAACUACAAGGAUGACUCAAAGAUAUUUUAUGGAAGCUGAAAACAUCACUGUAGUAGAAACUCUCGAUCGAUUUACCAGCCUUUUAAUUCAUCUGCUCUCCAGCAUGUGGCUCGGUCUACCUCGACCUUUCGAGAAAUUCCGAUAG